CUUAUCGGGGGCCUUUUGAACUCGAAAAUAGAUGCUGGACAUUGGAGAACGAUCAACAAUCAUAUUUGGGCACUAUCACACGGGGGAUAUGACAUUCUGCCAGUCCUCCGAUUGGGCUAUCGAUAUCUGCCAGCACGUCUGAGGCGAUGCUUUUCAUUUUGCUCAAUCUUUCCCAAGGAUUACAUAUUCGGACAAGAUGACCUAGUCUUUAGUUGGAUGGCUCUGGGCUUCGUUGCAUCUCAAGGAAACGUGCGAAUGGAAGAUCUGGCAACGACCUACUUUCAUGACUUGGCAAGUAGGUCCUUCUUUGAGCGAUCCCGGUUGAACCAUCAAUAUUAUGUAAUCCAUGAUAUGAUGCAUGAUCUGGCAGAAUCUGUUUCAAUAGACAAAUGUGCCAGGAUAGAAGAUGGUGAAUUUCAACAUAGUAUCCCUUCUACUGUUCGCCAUCUAUCAAUAUGUACCAAAAACCUCGAACCUGGAAAGUUAGCAGGCGUAGGUAGCUAUAAUAAGUUGCUUUCACUUACGAUAAUGAAGAAUAUUGAACUUGAUUUGAGGUCCGUAAUUCAUUGCUGGUUUCAACAGCUCACAAAUAUUCAAUUGUUGGAUCUGAACACUUGUGAGAUUGAAGAGCUACCUGAUAGUAUAGGCAAUUUAAAGCAGCUCCGGUACCUUGACAUAUCUUAUACUGGUAUUAGAAGGUUACCUAAGUCCUUUUGUUGCCUUCAUAAUAUGCUGUUUUUGUUCAUAAAGGGGUGCAGAUUUGAGGGUUUUCCUGAUGGUUUUGCCAAUCUGAUCAACUUGCGGCAUAUUGAUAUUGAAUCAAAUAUGUUUUCAGCGAUAACUGAGAUUGGGAAGCUGACUUCUCUUCAGGAAUUGCCAUGUUUUGAAGUUCUAAAGGAGGACGGGCAUGGUAUUGGAGAAUUAAAGGAUUUGACUCAGCUUCAUCGAAGUUUGGUAGUCAAAAAUCUUGAGAAUGUUGAGAGUGUGGAAGAUGCUUACCAGGCUAAGUUGGACAACAAGGAGUACCUUAAUGAGUUGGUCCUUGAAUGGUCUCUUAGUAGAAAUGCUAGAUCGAGAUGCAGCAGCUACUUUGCUAUGGAUGAGGAGGUGCUUGAGGCUCUCCGGCCACAUUCGAAACUGAAAGAGCUGGAAAUCAGAUGGUAUAGAGGUAUGCUACCUCCCAGUUGGCUAUGUACACAGAUGUUGCCUUGCUUGGUUAAACUCUCUAUUCAACAUUGCCCCAAUCUUUUGAAUUUAUCUUGCCUCCCGCCUUCCCUCAGAGUGUUAGAGUUGGUAAAUGUGGGCUUGCGCUCACUUCCCAUACUGUGGGAUGAAGGUUCAACCGACAAGCGCAUAAGUGGACAAAAGUGCAACAAAGGCAUAAUGUCAUCCCUCUCUAUGUUAUCCAUUCGAUUGUGCCCAAAACUUGCAAGUCUUGCACAGUUGUCACCUCACCACCUACCGGCUGUAAAAUCAAUAUGCAUCAAACAUUGUACAGAGCUAGUUUCCCUGCCAGUGGAAAGUUUUGGGGGCUUUAUCUUUCUCGAGUUCUUGGAUAUAACAGACUGCCCCAACUUCCCUUGCCCAAGGAAAAUGGUCUUACCAUCCUCCAUCAAAAGAUUGACUCUAGAUUCAUGUGGUUAUCUUGGUGAAUCACUUCCCGGCUGCCUACAGUACCUAAGCCAUCUCAUGUUCUUAAACAUAUGGUGCUGUCCACACAUAGAAUCCCUCACCGGGCAAGUGUUCCAUCAUCUGAGAGCUCUCAAGUGCUUAUAUAUUAGCGAAUGUCCAGAGCUAAGGUCUUUAAGUGGAUUAGAGGCUCUCACGUCUCUGCAAGAGUUGACUAUUCUGAAGUGUCCCCAUCUCGCUGAAUCAGAGUCAUUCUCUGACACGAAAGAGCAGCAGAAGGGUAUGCCACUGCUCGAGCUGACCAUUGACAACACUGCCCUUCUUCAACUUCUGUCUCUAAGAAAUUUAUUUUCCUCUUCCUCAAAUCAUUCCUUAAAUCUUGCAAUCUGGGAAUCUUGUGAAUCUGUGAUGUUUGUUGGAGAGGAUGAGGAAUGGUUGCAAAUUUUCAAAACACUCCGGGUAUUAUCUUUUAUGAGUUGUGCCAAUCUUAAGUCGCUGCCAAGUUGGUUACGUAGCCUGACCUUCCUAGAAAAGUUGAGAAUUUGUAAUUGUCCUCAUAUCAUCUUGCCGCGGAAGGAGAACUUGCCUACCUCUUUAAAAGACUUAUGCUUUGACGAUUGAUCUGUUGUUGAUGGAGCGAACGGAACAGCAUCGUUUCCUGAUGAAUUUCAGAAUGGGUGAAACUUCUUUGUCGAGGUGGUUUAUUUUCAACGAACAAAAUACAUCAAGGGUGACGACUAGCAUAAGGAAGGUUUGGUGUUGGCUUUUCUUCGAAACGAAUUCGAGUAUGAAGUAGUGUACGAGUCACUUUUGUUUGCUCUGCUGUCAUUUCUUUUGGCAUUUAGUAAAGGUUGGAAAAUCUACUUAUAUAGCAACAUUUGUUAUGUGCCUCUUUAUGC